AUGGAAAAGUAUCGGGAAGUCACAAUGUGGUUAUACAGUGGUCGACUGCGUUCGUGGCAUUUUUGGAUAAAUACCUUGAUCUUUUUCACCUGUAUUGCCACUGUCAUCUUAUUCUUACCUCGACUCACACCAGGGACAAUUUAUAUGCGAGCAGUGGACCUGGAAACAGUAUUACAAAAGCGGGCUCAAGAAAUGAGUAGAGAACGGAAGUCAAAUACAUUGAUCGCGCCUCGCACACCGUACCCACCAAGGAAGGACAUGGGACCGUGCCCCACUCUGUUUGGCAAAGUAUCAAUAUUUAUCGCUUACGUCGAGUCAUCUAUGGAAACCCAUUACCGAGUUGCUCAGCAAUCUCUCCAGUGCUAUCUGAAGACCGUCAACUACACCGUUAUAAUGGUAGAUCUCGAUAAAGAUCCGCGUGUGAAAAAGAAUUGCGCUAAAAAUAAACAGCUUUUCUUCAAAAAGCAUUGCGCCGCUGCGGAAUAUUUGGCUGACACUGACUGGAUGCUUGUGUUGGAUGCUGAUACAGGCGUCGUUAAUCCCAACCACUGCAUCGAGGAAUGGAUUGACGAUAGAGUUGACUUGCUAUUUUACGAGCGUUUCUUCAAUUGGGAGAUCGCAAGCGGAAACUACUUGGUAAGAAACUCAGAAUUUGGUAAGAAGUUCCUCAAAGCCUGGGGAGACUGGGAAUUUACUCAGCCGUCGAAUUGGAAUGGUGCAGAUAAUGGUGUCUUGCAGAUUCAAAUCCUGACGACGGUCAUGCCUGAUGCAAAGCAGGAAGCUGAAAAUUGCGAUACAGUUUGGCACAAUGCCACAAAUUACGAUACCUAUCUGGCCUAUGUGUCAUGCGUGAAGCAAGCACUCGGUGCAGCGCGGAUGUGGCCAGGAAAGCUUAGGAUCUAUAGGAGGGCACAUGGAUGGGUGCGUGAUGGAUUCAUCACAACUGAUAAGUGGUGUGAUGCUGAUUUCAUGCUGCACGGGUGGAAGGUUCAAACUGUGGGCAAGGACGGAUGGGAAAGCCCAUUUAAGCAAAAUCUCGAUCCCACGAAAUGUGGAGUGGGGACAAAUGGCUGGGACUGGAUACCCACAAAGCAUGUGAAUGUCAGUAUAAUCAGAACCGAGUUGGCCAAUUUCGAGAAGUAUUCUGGAAAGACAUACCCAAAUCCAGCAAAAAAUCUCAUGUAUCUAACUAUGCCGGAUGUCGGAAAAUGUUAUCCGGACUGUGAUAAGGACACGUAAGCUCAGCGUCGAAGCGGGUGCUCUGGAGCUUUAUUUCACUCAUGGCAAUUUUUUAACUCUUUGUGGGGCGAUUCAUCGGAGCUUAUAAUCCCUCCAAGAUCUAAGUAAGCGCUCCAUACUCCUAAUUUAGUACGGGUAAUUUCUAGCAUCAAAUACGCACUUCAUAGUCACCAAAAAAUUGUCUUCUGUGCCUUUCCAUACGUUUGUCGGAGUAUACUGCCUCCUCGAGUCUAACAAAUCUCAUCCUAAAUCACAAUGCUAUUCCAUCAGUUUCAUCAUUUCGGUACUGUUAUCUUUGCCUUGAAUUCAAGCAUUUCAUCAUUUCUAGUCAUUUUUGAAUUAGGUACGAUCAUCCUAAGUUUGUGAAGUGAGUCUAUGUUAUAAGUGUGAGCGAAAUCGACUAGGGCACAGGAAAGAGCAAGCUUUAUGAGUGUCAUAUUUCUUCAGGUUGAGAAAGAAAAAGUAAAAAUUCUCAGUGAAGCUCAGGUUUUGAAUCAGAAGCUGCAUUCUAUCCCUUUCCUGUGCCUUCGUCCGCAAUAUCGCUUACAAUAAAAAGACUGCGAUGACUGCUUUACUAAAAAACAAAAAGCAAUUCUACCUGUGCUUGCUGUCUAUAAUCGAAUAGUCAGUAUGAGCAAACUACGCAGUUUGUGAGUUUGUCCUGACUCUGAACUAUUCUGUUUUCGCAGUAGGAUGUUAGCCCGACACCGAAAACACUAA